AUGAAUGAAUUGAAACAUGAUAAAGUUACUCAAAUUAAACAAAUGUUAAUUGCUAUACCAAAUGGAGAUGUUCUUUAUAGUGGACAUUAUGAAGAAUUAUUUUCUGUAACAACGUUAGAAUUAAUGAUGGUUAAAUUAAAUAAACUUAAAUGGAGACUUAACGCUAAUCCUACUAUUUCAAAAGAAAUUAAAGAUCAGGUUAAUUCUAUGGUUAAAGUUGGAUUUGAAAAUAUUCUUUGGGGUGAUUCUAAUUCUCAGUGUAUUAAUGAUGAAUUAAAAUUACUGGAUUCAUCAGACUCACCAUGUAAUUGUAUUUAUGAAGAACAAACUUCUGUUCCUCUUUAUAAUCAACUCUUUCAUGCAAACCCUGAACAAUUAGAACAAAUUUAUGAUAUUAUUAUUCAUUCAAACUCAAAUAUUAAUGAAACAAAAAUUCAAAGUAUGAUUGUUGCUGGUGUUAUUAUGUGUUCAGGAACACCAUUAGUAUAUUCUUGUAUUAAGAUUUUAAUGCAACGAGUUCCACAAAAUGUUUCAAUAAAAAAAUUAAAAAGAGAUAUUUUAGCUGUUAAUGGCGUUGAUUCAAUUCACGAAUUUCAUUUAUGGCAGUUAGCCAAUGAAACAAAUGUUGCUACGAUUCAUUUAUUCUUAAAUGAAGAUGAUCGUUGUCGUGUAAUGGAAAUUGUUCAGGAUGUUAAAAAUGUAUUCCAUAAAUAUGGAGUUCAUUCAACAACUAUUCAAACAGAAUUAGGGGUUAUUGGAGAAGCAAAUGGACAUGACUCUAUUGGUAUUUCAAGAAGAUGUUUGAUUGGUUGUCCAAGUGAUGAAUGUAAAAAUGAUGUGUGUUGUAAACAACCAUUGAUAGAAAAGAAAUAA